AUGGCGUUCGACGAUUUCAUCAUGACAAUUGAAUCUGAUCAGGAAGACACACUACCCCCUGCCGUCAAACCUGCAAAAUCCCGAGUGCCUGAAGAAGAGGGUGCUCAAUUAAACCCAGAUUUUGUCUUUGACCCUGCAGGCGACUUCCACGAUGACAUUCUCGAUGGGAGAGCAGACGUCGCAGAUCUGGUUACGAAAGGAUCCCGCCCGGAACCGAUUUCUGUUGACGAUAUCAUUGCCAGACGGCGGCUUACAAAAAACACCGGUAAACGCAAGCGUGAAGAGGAAGAAGACAGCGAGCAGGAAGAUUCCGAUGAGGAACAAAUUUCCACAGAGGAUGAAGGCGAAGACUUGGAAGAUGAGGCGAGUGAAGCCGAGGAGAGCUUGCUAGAACCUGAGGAGAACGAGGAGGACCCAGAUCCCUUAGUGACGUCCGACGAAGAGGGAAGUGAACAGGACGGACUGGGAAGCGAUGACGAACAGGACGAGGGGGAAUAUUCUGACGCUUCUUCAUCUUCAGAUGACAGUGAACCAGAGACUAAAGCAGAGAAAGCACGUAAAGCAGCCUUCUUCUCAUCAGAUACUGAUGUAGCGCAGACACACUCGUCCUUCCUCACCAUGAAUCUAUCGCGUCCUGUUCUCAAAGCCCUGACCACUCUUGGUUUCCACACUCCAACUCCCAUCCAAGCUGCUACCAUUCCUGUAGGUCUCCUGGGCAAGGACGUAGUUGGAAACGCUGUGACUGGUUCCGGAAAGACUGCUGCAUUCAUCAUCCCCAUGAUAGAGCGCCUUCUGUACAGAGACAAAGGCAAAGGGGCUGCCGCUACGCGCUGCCUUGUUCUUGUUCCUACGAGAGAGCUCGCAGUUCAGUGCUACGAAGUCGGCAAAAAACUUGCAGCCCAUACGGAUAUACAACUCUGCCUUAUUGUUGGUGGACUCUCUUUGAAAGCUCAGGAGGUGGCACUACGAGCUCGACCAGACAUAGUUAUUGCGACCCCCGGUCGUCUUAUUGACCAUAUCCGCAAUUCUCCGACAUUCACACUCGAUGUCCUUGACGUUCUCGUUCUCGACGAAGCAGAUCGUAUGUUGUCAGAUGGUUUCGCAGACGAACUCGCCGAAAUCAUCAAAUCUUGUCCCACAUCUCGCCAAACCAUGCUGUUCUCGGCAACAAUGACGGAUUCCGUCGAUGAACUUGUCAAAAUGUCUCUUGACAAGCCCGUUCGACUGUUUGUCGAUCCACGACGCAGUACCGCUCGUGGACUCACACAAGAAUUUGUUCGUGUUCGUGCCGGGAAGGAAACCGACAGGACAGCUAUUCUUGUAGCGUUAUGCAAACGGACCUUCAAAACUGGUGUACUCAUCUUCUUCAGGAGUAAAAAGCUGGCGCAUCAAAUUCGUAUCGUUUUCAGUUUGUUAGGGAUGUCGUGCGAAGAAUUGCAUGGUGACUUGACACAGGAACAGCGCCUCAGGUCUCUUCAGCUUUUUCGUGAUAAUGCCGUGGAUUUCUUGAUGGCGACGGACUUAGCUUCCCGCGGUCUCGAUAUCAAAGGCAUCGAGACUGUGAUCAAUUUCGACAUGCCUGGACAGCUCCCCCUUUAUCUGCACCGUGUGGGCCGAACAGCGCGCGCAGGCAAGAAGGGUCGUUCCGUGACCCUUGUUGGGGAAGCAGACAGAAAAAUGCUAAAAGCUGCGAUCAAGCACGCAUCAAAGGAGGAUCAGGUCCGACAUCGUACGGUGCCUCCUGAGGUUAUAUCGAAGUGGUCAAAAAAGCUCGAGUCUCUGACGAAAGAAGUUGCUGGGGUUCUUCAAGACGAAAAGGAAGAAAAGCAUAUUCGGAAAGCAGAGAUGGAACUCAAGAAGGGGCAAAAUAUGAUCGAACACGAAGAUGAAAUAUACUCGAGACCUGCCCGCACAUGGUUUCAGUCCAGCUCGGACAAGCAAAAGGCUUCAGAUCUUAGCAAGCUUCAAUACCAAUCCAAAUCGUCUGCUCCUAAUCAAGACAAGUUGAACCUCGAUAAUGUCAAACCUAAGCGUGACAAAUUCUCUGGUCUUACUCGGCGAGUCAAACGGAGAAAAAUGGCUUUAGAAGAAGAGAAAGAAGAGGGCGACCGCAAGGGUGUGGAUGCUGCCAUACGUGCAGCAAAAAAGGCUUCCCGACCAGCGAAAAUUGGGGUUCCUGUCCAACAAAAUGCAAAUUCAUCCAAGAAGGCAAAGCGGAAGACCAAGGUGACUUCUCAUGGUAGCGUGUUUGGCAAGGACAUGGAGCAGAGAAGCAACCGAGGUGAGGGUGUUCGUGCCAAGAAAGGCGACAGAGUGGCAGGAAUGAAAAAAGGUGGAAAGCGCAAGGGCAAGAGCGUGGGCAAGGGCAGGGGUAAAUAG